GCGGGCGCAUCCAGCUGCUGCUGCGGCCGCCGAGUUCCUGGAGCGGCGGGAGCUCGGGAACGGCUCUGCCCCGGCGGCUCCUCCGGCGGUGCCGGUGGGUCCCGGAGGAGGCUACCGGUGUUAGCGGCGGCUCCUUGCCGGGGUGGCCCCGCCGAGGGGCCGAGCACGGGUACGCCUCGGUGCUGCCCGGCGGAGAGCGGAGAGGGGCCAGGAGGAGGGCGAAGGGCAGGAAGAGCGGAGGGGGAAGCAGGUCGACGCACAACGAGAUGGAGAAGAACAGGCGAGCCCAUCUGCGGUUGUGCUUGGAGAAGCUGAAGGUGCUGGUGCCGCUCGGGCCCGAAACCAGCAAACACACGACCCUGAGUUUACUAAUGAGAGCGAGAUUGCACAUAAAGAAGCUUGAAGACAACGACAGGAAAGCCCUCCACCAAAUCGACCAGCUGCAGCGGGAGCAGCGGCACCUGAGGAGGCAGCUGGAGAAGAUGGGCGCGGAGAGGCUACGAAUGGACAGCAUCGGAUCCACCGUGUCCUCGGAGCGCUCGGACUCGGACAGAGAAGAGAUAGACGUGGACGUGGAGAGCACGGACUCGCUGCCCGCAGACCUCGACUGGAGCAGCAGCAGCAGCCCGAGCGACUCGGACGAAAGAGGGAGCCUGCAGAGCGUGUGCAGCGACGAGGGCUACUCCAGCUCCGGCGUGAAGAGAUUGAAGUUGCAGAGCAAUCAGAAGCCGUGCCCCGCUCUCUAAGGAGCGACUCCCGGAGCUGUUCCGCCCGCCGCUCUCUCCCUGUUGGAUCUCGUUAGGUAGGACACCGGACCCGCACUUCUCCUCGCACGUAAAUCUUGCACCACCGACAGAAAUGAAGCCCGCUUUGCCGAAGUCCCGAAACGGUGCGUGGGGAGCACGCUGCCCUCUGCAGCACGCGUCCCAUUGCAUCCGCUCGCUUCUCUUCCCGUCGGGAAACUCAUCUCGGUGAGACCGCACAUUCCAACCCGACCUCGACGCGCCCGAGAAUAUCGCAGCGGUAACAGCAACGCCAGGAGACCUCGGCUGUUCUUCGUCUUGCUGUUACCGCCCGGUAUUCUGGAUCUGCGUGGUGCGUUUGCCCAGCAAUGCCACGUUCCUAACGAUCAGCAGCAGGGCCCAAACGUGCGUUGUUGGGCAACGAGCCGAAGGGAAACCCAAAGGGAAACCCAGCCUUAGGUAGCUUGGAUCCAGGAGAGGGCAGAGGCAGGUCUGCAAGAGGAGAGUUUCGGCUGCGAGCUGCUGGAGCAUUACUCAGAGGGCUUCGGGUAGGACCCCUUCAGCUUUGACACGUCUCAGAAAUUCCUGUAGUCCCUAAAACCAAAUGGUACGAUCCUCGUCCUGUGCAAUGUCUGACCUCACGCGCUACGGCCGCGUAUUUUACUGUUCUAGGCGAGCGUUCCUAGGACGUCCUUCAUGCUUCUUGUCUCGGGGAUAAUUUUUUCUACCUCGGAGAGAUGAACAAAGAUUAUCUCCAUCCCUUUAGCACAAAAAAAAAUAAGAUGAUGCCUCAGUUGUUUUCUAGAAGCGACGCUUGGCCCUGCUCACACCCCUCUCGUGGAAGCUUAGCAAUAACCGGCGGCCAAGCGCUCGCCUUUCCCAGGACGCGGCUCCUGGCGAGUCCCCACGGGGUGCCGCUGGCGUUAAAGCACUUGGCUGGCCGGUGGGGUUGUUUUUAGGCACUCAAAGAGGCUUCCCAAGGUUUUUGGGGCUUCCCAAAGCUUUUGGUUGCCGCCUCAGAGAGGUAAAACCAAACACGAAGGGAAAGGACAACCCCCUGCCUCGCAAGCCGUGGUUUCCGACCCUGCAAACGCGCUUGGGUCAAAGCUAACCAGAGCACACGUAAAUGUACAUAGACCACGCGAGCUAUAAAUAGUAUUUAUUCCUUUUCUUUGAAACUGGUGUAACGGAGAUACAUUCUGAUGACUUUUAUAGAUGUUCUGGAAUCUUUGUAGAGGUCCGCUAAUGGAGAGAGAGAGAUUUCUUUUGUUUUUUGGCUCGAAACGUUUGAAGCUGUUUCUAUUCCGCCCACCCGGCAAACCUCUGGCGACGAACACCGAGCGCUCGGUGCAGCACGCCGACCUCCUGGCCCCGCGUUCGGCCACGAGCAGCUUUGUGGCUUUGCUCUCCAAGGGCUCCGGAGCUCCUCCAGGCACCAAAACCCAGCCUGCCGUCGUUAAACACUCCUGUGAGACACGCAGUUCCUGAGACUUUGCUUGUCAAGCUGCCAAAAGCCACUAAAACACUCAAAGUGCAAAUGAAUGAACUAGAAGUCGUCUAUUUUUAUUUUAUUUUUUAAUCCCUAAGCUAUUUUUGGAUCAUUUGAACUCUUUGAGAAGCAAGAGGAUGGGAGGCGGGGCUAGUGGAUCGCUAAAAUCUCCGAAGUCUGUGCUCUACUUGUGCGUGCUAGGUUUUGAAAAAGAAAAAAGAGCACGAGAAAUGUUCCUGGAGCAGCUGGAGCUGUCUGACGCCCAGCAGAUUUGCACUGAUCUACGCCUCGUGUAAGCCUUCUGCACUGGGAGAAGUCCGAGUCGUCCCGAGUCCGAGAGCGAGCUCGAAGCGGUCCACUUUAAAAAAGACAAAAAAAAAAACACAUAAAAAGACAAAAAUAAGAGGACAAAAGCCACGAGGCAAGCUGAGAGGCUGCCCUUAGAGGUCUGCCGCCCCGCUGCACAACGGCUUGGGAUCUUUCCAGCUCUUUUUCCCUCCCCCAAAGCGUUGCAGGUGCUGCCUCGGUGCCUCCCAGCCCAGCGCUGCGGCUCCUCCUGCCUUCGGGACGGGAACCACAGCAUUGAGUCUUCGGGAAAGCACCGAGAGAGCAAGAUGCUGUGUUUCACGUUCAGUCAGGCGUACCGAGUCUUAAGGCUUUGACUCUGUAAAUUGGUGUGUGUGUGUUGUGCCUUUUUUGGGUUAACGGCGUUGUUUUGGUGAAAUGCUGUGCGUUUUGUUUCAUUUUCCUUUUUAUUUUUUUUUUCUCCCGCUAUAAAGCAGUAAUUACUUGACCUUUGCACUGUUUGGACGUGCUCCUCUCCAGCUUGACGGCGCCGAAGAGCUCCACCCUUGGAAAACGAUGCACUAAAGUCAAACGGGUGCAAGGCGGAAACCCCGGGCUUUUUCCCCAAAACUCCCGGCGGGGUCCACGCCCGGUCGGCGUGCUCAGCGGCCCCGGUAGCGCCGCUCUCAGUUUUGCCAGCCUUUUUCCUCGAAUUCACACCAGCAUUACUAAGAAAUAAGCUGCAGCAAUUAGAUUUUUGUAGAUUGUUUAAAUAAAAAAAAAAGGGGGCAGCGAGGAGCCGCUCGUGCCCCCCCCCCCCCCCAUGUUUACGAUUGCACAGACGUGUGAGCCCAAACCACGCUUUUUUUUUUUUUGGGGGGGUUGUUUUCCUUGUGGAGGAGCGGAUCCGGCGCAGAUGGCUCUUAUUUUUGGGGAGAGCUCGGAGCUGCUUGCGACGGGCAGAGGAAGGGAUCGGGCAGCGUCCUGCCGCGGUCCUGCCCGCGCCGCUGCUCUUCUCCUGGGCAUUAGCGGCCGCGCGCCGCCCCGGCACCUUGCUCCGUCCCGCAGCACUUCUGCCCCCCCGUAGCAAUAGGUACGGGCUCGGCCUCCCCCCCCGCAGCCCCGUUUUUGUACCCGAUUUCAGGUUUUGACACUGUACUGUAGCGGGAGGAAUUCUGCCUUGGCCACGCUCCCUCUCUGCUCCCCUGGCAGUGCUUGUGGGGUUGCUUCGCUGCCCCAGGUGCCAGCAGCCGGUUUCCCAAAGCACCUGGACCGUCCCCGUGCCCCUUCCCAUCCCACACCCCACAUUUCGGCCAGAAGAAAUUCAGCAGAGGCGUCUCCAUCCCCCUGCUGCACGCCUCGUGAGCCUUCCCGACCCUUUAAGCGGUCUGGGUGUGCUUUUGCUGCCUUUUCUUUGCCCUUUCCCUUUUUUUUUUUUUUUUUUUCCCCCAUUUUGCUUCCAAAUUGCCCCCAAACCAACUCCCCCUUGCCCGGCUUUCUCACCGGCUUUUAUUCCCGGACUGAACGGGGCAGCAGCAGAUGGGAGAAGGCAAAUUUUGGUUCCGGCCGUUCAGCUCCCGGUGUAAAUACCCCGGCGUUCCGCCUCCUGUGUCGAGACCACCCAAUGGUGCUUUUUUAUUACAGUUAGCACAGGCGAUUUUAGGAAGUUUAGAGGUGUUUUAGGAGCGUCUUGCUGUGUAUAUGUAUACUUCUGUAUUGUUUGACUGUUAGACAAUAAAUUAUUUCAUUACCAAA